ACUUAAAGCUGGAUCUAAAUGUUGUAUUUUCUAAAUGCGUUAUUAUUUUUCAAUUUUCGGUAUUGUUAGUAUUUUUCGUAGUUUUAUAAUUGUGUGAGCCAAUUGAUAAUUUAGUUGUAAAUUUUCAGAUGCGAAAGGUCUACAAAUAUAACUACUCUGCACAGUGUCUUGCUUGUUAUAUAAACAAUCUUAUAAUUUUGAAAUUUCUUAUUCAUAGAAAUUUUCCAAAAGUUUGGAAAUGGCAUCUCCUUUCCAAGGAUCUCGUGGUGUUCAGCAACACAUGCCGUCCCAUCAGUCAUCUUAUCCUGGAUCUCAAGGUCUGGUAAUGGGAUCGAAUACAGCCAUGGUACCUGUUGGAGUACAGGAAGGCCAGGGAGGUAUGGAAGCACCUUCAGGAAUGAGUCAAGGAGGCAUUCAGCAACCACAACCACCUAAAGAUUUUAAUAUGGCUCUAUUAUGUCGAAUUGGACAAGAAACAGUUCAAGAAAUCGUCGCUAAAACUACUGAAUUAUUUCAGACAUUGAAAGGCUUACAGCCUCCAAAUGGUACUGCUCAAAGUCUGAAUGGUCAAGAAGAAAGGAAGACAAAGCUACAGGAAAAUCUCCGAACAAUUGCUACAUGUUUUAAGAAACUUCGCCGCAUUUAUGAAAAAUGUAAUGAAAAUUGCGCAACUAUGGAAUACACUCAUAUUGAAGUAGAUAGUCUAGUUCCUCUGAAAGAUGAGAUUGAUUCAAGGCAAGAAGACAAAAAACCAACUGAGGCUAUUAAAUAUUUGACAGAAGAACACCGGGACUUAGUUGAGCAAGUAAUGUUGCAAAAUAGGCAAUUAAAAGAAGUCAUCGACAAUCUGAGGACAUUUAUAUGGGAUAUAAAUACAAUGCUAGCAGUGAGAAAACCUUGACAUAGCAGUACAGUUAUGUAUUGUGAAGUUUUUAUUGCAGAAAAUAUUAAGAAAAGAAGUAUGUUUUGUCACUUUGCUACAAGUUUACUACAGUUUUAGUUUCUGAAAAAUUUUGAGAAAUGCUUUUUAAAAUGAAUUAUGUACUAAUUGUAAUAAAAUAGUUCUUGUCACUUAUUUUGUCAAAUACACAAUUGUAUUUCUUUGAUUUUCUUUAUAAAAAGUGUUAUUUAUAA